UCGGGGGAGGCGGCAUGGCGGUGAGGUUGCGCCGGGUCUGUCGGGAGGUGCUGCUGGAGCCCCGCUACACGCCGCUGGUGGCCGCCUGCCUGUGCCUGGCGGAGGGCGGCGUCAACCUGUGGGUGAUCCGCAGGGUGCCCUACACCGAGAUCGACUGGCAGGCGUACAUGCAGGAGGUGGAGGGCUUCGCCAACGGCACCCGCGACUACACGCAACUGCGGGGCGACACCGGGCCGCUGGUUUACCCCGCCGGCUUUGUGUACCUCUUCCUGGGGCUGUACUACGCCACGGGCCGCGGGGCCGACAUCCGCCUGGCGCAGCACAUCUUCGCCGGGCUCUACCUGCUCAACCUGCUGCUCGUCUUCCGCAUUUACUGCCGCACCGGCAAGGUCCCCCCGUACGUCUUCUUCUUCAUGUGCUGCGCCUCCUACCGCAUCCACUCCAUCUUCGUCUUGCGGCUCUUCAACGACCCUGUGGCCAUGGCCAUCCUCUUCCUCGCUAUCAACUUCUUUCUGGAGGACCACUGGUCCUGGGGCUGCCUGCUGUUCAGCCUGGCCGUGUCAGUGAAGAUGAAUAUCCUCCUCUUCGCACCCGGGCUGCUCUUUCUCCUCCUACAGCGUUUUGGCCUCUUGGGCUGCAUCCCCAAGCUCUGCAUCUGUGCUGUGCUCCAGGUUGGUCCCUGCCACUCGCCAUUGCCUGCUGUCACCAGAGCGUCUUGUAGACCCUUGGGUGGCCCUAGGGCUGCCCUUCCUGCUGGAGAAUCCCGUGGGGUACCUGACACGCUCCUUCGACCUGGGCCGUCAGUUCCAGUUCAAGUGGACAGUGAAUUGGCGCUUCCUCCCAGAGGAGGUGUUCCAGCACCGGGCUUUCCAUGCCGGGCUGCUCCUGGCCCACCUGGCUGGCUUGGUGCUCUUUGCACUGCACCGAUGGCACAGGUCCAAAGAAAGCAUCCUAUCUCUGCUGAAGGAUCCAGCCGAGAGGAAGCACCCGUCCCCUCCCUUGAGCGUCAACAAGAUCAUCUUCAUUCUCUUCUCCUCCAACUUUCUGGGCAUUUGCUGCAGCCGCUCCCUGCACUACCAGUUCUACGUCUGGUACUUCCACACACUGCCCUACCUGCUGUGGUGCACCCCGACCUCCAAGCUCACUCACAUGCCCAAGGUGCUGCUGCUGGGCGUGAUCGAGCUCUGCUGGAACACCUACCCCUCCACUGUCUGCAGCUCCCUCUCCCUGCACAUCUGUCACGGACUUAUCCUGCUCCAGCUGUGGUACGGCACAGCCCUGCCACCAGCCCUACAGCCCCCCCAGCCCAGCAAGAAGUCCGAUCCCCUCUCCAGGAAGGCAAAGUGAGAGCGCUGGCUGGACAAUGGGAAGGGACUCCAGGUCUGCUCCUCUGCUUGUUCUUCUGCCUGCCUUCCUUCCAGGUUGCUCCUGGCCACCUGAGGAAGGCCACGAGCCCUGGAACUACAAAGGGGGCAGUGUGGAAGCCCGUGCUGGGCAGGACUUCUCCAAUAAAGGGGCUUUGGGGGCCCUUCCCUGGCUGCAAUGUCCUUGUGCUGUGACAAUGCCCAGAGUGCACUCCUUUUGGAGAGUGGUGCCU